AUGGCGGAGGCGAACACGUUCACACACAUCCAGUCCCUGCAACAGGGUGAACGCGAAGCAGGUGACUUCUUCCAGGAGUGGGAGGCGACGCUCGGGCUGGCCGGCCUGGACGCAGAUGACCCGAUCCCGAUGCAGCUCGUCAGGAUCGCCACCAACGCCCGCUACAAGGAGCCUCUUCGCGCGCUGGGGCCCGGACACGCGCCCGCGACGUACCUUGAGUGGCGCGCGCGCGUCACCAGCAUGGACACGAUGUGGCGGCAGGACCGCGAGAUGGAGCGACGCGGGCGUCGCGCGCAGCAACCCUUCCGUGUGCGUCCGCAGUGGCAGCAGCAGGCCCCCGCGCGCAACGCGGCACCGACGCAACAGGUGGCCCUAGCGCCUGCGGUGCGCAGGGAUGCGACGGGCACGACGUUCGGAGGUGGCGGACAGCUGAUGGACAUUGAUCGCGCGCGCACGAACAACGUUUGCCGGGUGUGCGUGCGCCCACGCAUGUCCCCCGCGCCCAACUGCACCAACCGGUGGCACCCAGCCGUCUUCCACCGGGGUGGGCAACGCACGGUGGGCGGCCCGGCGCAGGCGUUGCGGCAGCAGGAGGCCGACCAAGGCGGGGUGGAGCAGGCCCAGGCACAGGACGCAGCCCUGGCCCCACCGGCCUAG